UGUGACCAUGAACGACCCUCACCUAAAAAUCGAUUCCAGGAACGUCCCUGUUUGCCAUGCGGCUAACUUCAGUUGAGAAAAUCGAUGGAGUAGUGAGGUUAGAACUUCGUGUCAUUUUUCUAAUAAAUAAAUUUCCACUUUUGAAACUAAAUUUACAGUGCAGAAUUUACAACAAUGGCUCAUCGUUACAGUUUGGAACUCACGAAACCCUUUUACGAAUACCUUUGCAAACACUACACAAAAAAUAUACUUGAAUCCAGACUAAUGCUUGACGAAGAUAUGGAGGUGAUUUUGAAUGAUUAUUAUAUGGAAUCCAAUUUAUUGAAGUCUCAGUACAAGCCUUCAAUUCUGGUGACUGUUAGUGGAGUUUUCUCGUUGAUUACAUCAUUUAUAUGUAAAAAAAUGGACGCCCCCGUAUUAUAUAUACCAUCAUUAAUAGUGGCAUCUUGUGCAAUAAUGUAUAAAGGUUUCGAAGGAUUCAAGCAAAGACAAUUGCAAAAAAAUAUUGUUGAGUUGAAUGAAAUUUUGAGAGACAUGAGGAACUUAAACGGCUCUGUGUUACAGUACAUUAAAAUUAGACAUGAUGUGAAGGAACACAGUUCAAAUGAACACUUCCAAUCAAUUACAACUGAAGUUAAGGACUUGUUGUCAUAUAUGUACAAACAAGAAAUGGCAUUAUUUAUAAAAAUUAAAUCUGUUCUAAUCGAUCUCUCUAAGUAUGACGCGGGAGUUGCAGAAGACGUACUAAUUUUAAAUGAUAUUAAUUUAAAUGAAAAUUUUAAACUAGAAAAUAACUCUACGGAAUGUUUGUUUAUUUUGCAAAAAUUGCAAGCUAUUUAUAUCCUGUUUAUUUCAAAAUUACUCAGCUAUUUAUGCAUUGUUCUCAAUAAACGCGUUAAGAAUUAUGGAUUCAAACGAGUGAUAUUUAAUAGUGUAGUGCCUGAGGUUAUUAAAGACGUAAAAGUAUGCAUAAAAAAUAUAAAAACAAACUUUGAUAAAGUUAAAUAUUCCAAAGAGAAACGAAGAAAAUUUAAAAGCAAUGCACUAGUAAAACCAGGUGGUAAGAAUAUUGUGAAUAGAAUGGCUAACACACUUGCAUUUUCUACAACAAAUUUAUCAAUAAUACUAGAAAAAUCAGAAACACUGUUAAACCAAGUGCAACAACUUAAAGACAGAGAUAUUGUGAAAAUAGCUCCAUCAAUUCUUGAUUUAAAAAACCACACGUAUGCUACUUUCGAAGCUCUUGACGUCCUAUGCAAAUUUUAUGACGUAUAUAGCAACACGAAAAUUACUGACACCGAAAAUCGCAGCUUUGAUACUGCUACGUCGUCAAUAGCCCAGAGUUCAAACAUUCCCUCCAUCAAUUACGACGACGAAUAUGAACCUAAAGACGAGGAGUAUGAACUGGAAGUUAAAAGUAUUAAAGAGUACGACGAUGUGGAGUACAAAGAGGUAUACAUCGAGGACAGUGGUGCUGAAUAUAUGAGCUUGAUGAUACAAGAAAUGAAACAGGCACUGAGCAAACACAAAAGAUUCGUGGAUGCUAAAAAUCGUCGUAUGAGUUUAAGUACAACUGACUUAAACGAAGAGACCGGGAGGGACACUAAGUCCCCCAGGUCGUCAAAAAGUGAAGGUUUUAGUAACACGAAAAAGAAUCCGUCAUAUAAAACGGACCAAUCUGUUCUUGAUACAACUAAUAAUUGUGAAGCUGUGAUGAAGACAUCAGAGGGCGUGUUGCCAAACUAUAACGAGGCUAUGAAGUUUUCGGAAACGGAGGUCGGGACCAAAGCGUCCUUAUUGGAAAUUGGCGAUAGUGCAGCUAUGAGGUCUUUUGCGGAGAGUAUAAAAUUUAUGGCCAACAAUCGUAUGUCAGUAAGUGAGGAAGUUUUUGGCGACGAUGAAACUGACAAUGAGGAUGUAUUGUAAAAGGAUAAUGAUUCGGUUAUGUUUUGUUAUUAUUUUGUUGGGAUAUUUUUGGCAACCGUGAGAAAUUUUGUGUUCUAUUUAUUAUUGUACAUAGAAUUUUUAAUAUUUAUUAACAGACUGUUGGCUUUAAAUUUGUGAUAUUAACAGUUGUAAGAAAUAAAACGUUAAAAAUAA